AUGACUCUCGAUAUAGGAAACGACGCGCUGCUAUGCAAAGUAUUCCCCGCCAACCUACAAGGGCAGACCCUCUCAUGGUUUCACCGCCUACCUCCCAACUCUGUGGAUAAUUUCAAGGACCUGUCGGAAGCCUUUGUGGGACAAUACUUAUGCUCCGCUCGGCAUAAGCAGAACAUCAGUACUCUGCAAAACAUAAAAAUGCAGGAUAACGAGUCCUUAAGGGAGUUCGUGAAGCGGUUUGGUCAGGCCGUACUACAGGUAGAGGCUUACAGCAUGGACGCUGUCCUGCAGAUCUUCAAGCGAAGCAUUUGUCCAAGCACCCCAUUUUUCGAAUCACUCGCUAAGAAGCCUCCUACGACGAUGGACGACUUGUUCCGGUGUGCAAGCAAAUAUUCAAUGCUAGAAGAUGACAUACGAGCAACCACCUAG